CGGGGAGGAUGGUGCCGAGCGGCCCCGGGCCCGCCGCGCGCCGCCGCGAGUGAGCUCUGAGCGGCCGCGGGCGUCCGCCGACCAGCUGGCCCGGCUGGGCCCGGGGCGCGCCGCUGCCCACCGGGGCGGGGUGGAGCUGAUGAGAAUAAUGUUCAGCAUCAACCCCCUGGAGAACCUGAAGCUGUACAUCAGCAGUCGGCCGCCCCUCGUGGUCUUCAUGAUCAGUGUCAGCGCCAUGGCGAUAGCUUUCCUGACCUUGGGCUAUUUCUUCAAAAUCAAGGAGAUUAAGUCCCCGGAAAUGGCGGAGGACUGGAAUACGUUUCUGCUGCGGUUCAACGAUCUGGACUUGUGUGUAUCCGAGAACGAAACACUGAAGCACCUCACAAACGACACCACAACCCCGGAGAGCACAGCAGCCAGCGGGCAGGCCAGAGCGUCCACCCAGUCCCCACAGGCCCUGGAGGACGCGGGCCCACUGAACAUCUCAGUGGCCAUCACACUGACCUUGGACCCGCUGAAGCCCUUCGGAGGGUACUCCCGCAAUGUCACGCAUCUGUGCUCCACCAUUCUGGGCCAUCAGAUUGGACUUUCAGGCAGGGAAGCCCAUGAAGAGAUCAACAUUACCUUUACCCUGCCAACAGCUUGGAGUUCGGACGACUGUGCCCUUCACAGUCACUGCGAGCAGGUGGUGUUCACCACGUGCAUGACCCUCACAGCCAACCCUGGUGUGUUCCCCGUCACCGUACAGCCACCACACUGUGUUCCCGACACGUACAGCAACGCCACGCUCUGGUACAAGAUCUUCACGACCGCGAGAGACGCCAACACAAAAUACGCUCAGGAUUACAACCCUUUCUGGUGUUACAAGGGGGCCAUUGGAAAAGUCUAUCACGCUUUGAAUCCCAAGCUUACAGUUAUUGUUCCGGAUGACGACCGUUCAUUAAUAAAUUUGCAUCUCAUGCACACCAGUUACUUCCUCUUCGUGAUGGUGAUAACCAUGUUUUGCUACGCCGUCAUCAAAGGCAGACCCAGCAAGUUGCGUCAGAGCAAUCCCGACUUCUGUCCUGAGAAGGUGGCUUUGGCCGAUGCCUAAUCCCACAACUGCCCGUUCUCUAAGAGAGACUGAGAGAACGUAAUCAUUGCCUGCUGAACCCAGCCUGGGCCUGGACACUCUGUGAAUAUGUUAUCUCGCAACGUUGGGUUAUUCCAGCCAAAGACAUUUCAAGUGCCUGUAACUGAUUUGUAUAUAUUUAUAAAAAUCUAUUCAGAAAUUGGUCCGAUGAUGCACGUGCUUCGCACUGGGUGCAGCCGAAAGCCUUCAGCCCCACCGCGGACUUGGUGGGAUGCGCCUGCGCCACUGGGGAGGACGGGGAGCUCGCUGCAGCAGAGCAGACCAUGCUGUCUUCCCCGCGGUCACGGGCGUUUCAUUGCUGGCGGGGUUGAGGUUUCUUCGGUCCUUGUCUCAGCCCGUGUGUACAGAAUGUUCGAAACUGUCUGCACCUUCGAUGUGAUGCUGCAUUUCCAAAGCCACCAGUCCGCUUUGUGGAUUUUACGUGUCUGUGGCUGAAUAAUCAUGGUGACAACAGUAAUCCCUUUUUCUCCGUUUUGCUUGCAAGGAAACAUGCCUGUCUUUCUUAGUUUCUUGUUUUGUUUUUUUUUUUUUCUUUGAAAGGAAAAGUAAAAUAGUCACAUUUUAAUACUACUCUAGUUAGGACAGACUUGUGCUUUCAUCUUGAGUAAGAAGUUAACUAUUGAAAAAUCACCUACAUGGUAAAGAUCUAAGUUUCAUUUUCCAUACGGACGGUGAGGAACCUGGUCUGGUGUGAGUCGAGUUGGCACAGAAUCUUCCACUGUCUUCUCCUCUCUUGUCCUUUCCUCGAAUAAAAGUUAAAGCAGCAUCCUCACUCAAAAGAGCUUAAAAAUGAAGUAAAUGGCUCUAGAGUAGAAAUUAGCUAUUCUGCUUGCUGGAAUGCUGACGGCAGUUUGGGAAGAGAAAGCUGAUGAGCCUAAUAGUUGUGCAGGAGUUUCUUGUCUUCCUUGAAGAGGGAGUAGGUUUUCUUCCUUCUACUUUUCGCAUCUAUGUCUUUGCAGUGAGCAUGUCUCGGAAGGAAGUGGCAGCUGGUAGAUCCGGGGCGUGUCGUGGUGCCGGUGGAACCGGAAGGAAGGCAGCUCUGAUCUGCCGUGUCUGAGGAAAACAAAAAGCAUUUUUCUUUCCUGUGGCACUUUGAUGAUCUAGACCUUUAUCUCUUUUUUCUUCUAAUCCAUCUUGUAAAAAAAAAAAAAAAAUUGCGUGGUUUUUCCUAGUCCUUUCUUGUUACUUGUAUUCUUACUAUUUUUUGUAAUAGCUCUUUGCAUUAAAAACACAUUGUCGUGACUGACCUCUGUGUCCCCCAAGCAGAGGUGCGGAGCCGAAGGGCAAUUAAAGCCUCGGCCGCGGCCCUGGGCGUCAGUCUCUAGUCUGUUCCGAGUUGCAGAUCAGUCCUGCGCCUAAAAUAAUUGGCCUCAGACAUGUGGUCCCAGGCAUUCUGCAAUGGAAGGCAGUUGUGGGCUCUUAACAAAGAUUAUUAAAGUAAUCACUGUAGUAACUUAAUAUGUCAAUAUCCCCCCAUUUUUCUUCCUUUUCGUACAUCUCAAGCACCGUAAUCGUACUCGUCUAUCCAGUCUUUCUGAGUUGCUUACGUGACGCGUGGCUAACCCAUGUAUUUAGUUUUCUCUGUAGAGACUGUGAGACUUUUACGAGACAAGAUGGAGAGAGAGCCGUUUGGCUUGACCGUUAGAAACAUUAGUAUCAAGACCAACAGAUUUUAGAUUAAGCUGCUACUGGAUUAAUGAAAUCCCAGUGAGGUGGAGUUAGAGGGAGAGGUCUGUAACUGGCAGAGUACCAUGAAGGGAGAAAGGUGAAAAGAGUCCGUUUCUCUGGCGUGUUCAAUCCAGCUGUUGCUAAUAUGAAUGUCCUUGUUUUAAUGACAGGGAGUGGCUGGAAUCUGUAGCCAGGGGCGGAGGGACUCUUAGGCAUGAGGGAAGGAAGUGCCAAAAAUGCCUGGACAGUAUGACUUGUCACGAGGGGAGGACACACACUUUAAAAUCCAGCGUUCACUCUGGCAGGUAAUUUCUCAAAGAUCUUACGGAAACCCAGGGUCUGUCAGGGGUCUGAAGGAGGGUGGGCAAGCGGAGAGGCUGUGGACCUGGGUGCAGAGGUCUAGGCACCGAAGAGACUCCCGUGGGCUCUGGGACGUCCGGAGUCCUGUCCCAUCCGGGAGCUUGCAGACGAGGCCUGGUCCUCCGCCACGUCUCGCCCGGGGGACCUCGGGAACAGAAGAGUGUCCCAGCGGGGCCCAGGUGCCAUUGCGAGUGACCCCGCAUGGGAGCCCUGGGCGUUCUCAGGCGUCUUGGACCGGAGGCCCAGUCAGGGUCAGCAGCUCUCAGUGGUCGUUUCAGAUCAUAUUGAUCUCUUUCCUUUCUCCUUUUGUCCUUUCACUGUAUGACUUGAAUCAGUUUUGAUUCUAUUUGUAAGUUUUUCUCGUCACUAGGAGCCUGCAUUUGGGUUGCAUUUUCUUUGGCGGUCUGUGGGGAUUCCGCAUCCCGGUUUCCAGCCCUCCUGCAGGCACCGUGGGGCUGCGAGGGCCCACAGACCCAUCUCGCUUACCUUCUGCAUGAUGGUCAGUAGCUGAUCUGUUACGGCGUUCACUCCAGGUUAAUUUUCUGUGUUUGGAGUAUGUGCAUAUGUGCUUUACAGAAUAAAACCUCUGAAUUUA